UAGGUGCCUCCAGUGCUCCACACUCCGUGACGACUUCUGCUCCCAGCUCGUCCGCUGGUUCCCAACGUUCCAACUCGGCCGAUUCGCUUGCUAAGCGUUCCCAAUCAACACAUAUUCCUUCGGUGUUUGAGCGCUUGGCCGCCUCAGGAACCAAUCGUAAUCGUCCCGCUACAGCAACCUCUUCGGACAUCAAACCCAAAUUUGCUGUCCCCACCAUGGCAGUCAGGAAACCUACCCCCAAUGGUCCAAUGCCAGCUACCAAGCGUCCACUUGUCCCUGCACCCCGAACCCUAACAAAGGGCAUGUCUGCCUCGGUCUACGUUGAUCGUCCCACUCGCAAGGUGUCAGCCACUAAGAAUCCACCCGCAGCACCACGCAAGCGCUCAGCCUCUCCAAAAUCGUCAUCAGCUGUCCAGCCUUUGAAACCUGCAUCUAUGGGCGCCUCUUCGGAUUCUCUGGCUCUUCUGAAACCAAACGAAGUCCCUCUUCCUAACAGUGAUGCGGUUGCUUUAGAACCUACCUCAGUUACUCAAGAAAAGGGCCCAGAUGUCGAUGUUAUCGAUGUUGGGAUUUCUCCUGCGUCCGAAUCUGUGGUUCCUAUUUCUGACGCACCAGGCUCACCUGAGCAUUCUGAUACUGUCAUCGCGGUCGAAUCCGAAGCGACUCCAGAUUUAUCAAAACAUGUGUUCGAGCCAAAUACGGACGAUAUUUCUACUCUACCGCAUUCUGUCCCUUUGAAAGCAGAAACUAAGGGUGCUGGAGAAGGCGCCUUAUUGAACGAAAGCGAAGCAGCCAUCUACCGUGCUAAGCUGUUUGAACAACGUCGUUUGGCUAAGGAGCGCAAGGAGCAAGAACAGCGACGCCUGGAAGAGGAGCAACGACGGCGGAAGUCGCAACAGGAAGCCGAGCGUUUGGCCACCGAGCAAGCAGCGUUGGAGCAAGCUGAAAGGUUGGCCCAAGAGGAGGCAGAGGCUCGACGCCUCCGUGACGAAGAAGAAAAAGCUCGGCUUCGGGCAGCAGAGGCCGAACGCCUGGCCAAAUUGCAACGAGCUGAAGAGGAACGCAUCAUGCGUAAAAAACGGCUUGAUAGUAUCAUGUCUCGCGUCAAGCUCCCUACUGCCAAUGGAAAGACAUCCGAUCCCCCGCCUACUAGCAUCUCUGCCUCUCCACUCUUGCAAGGGUGUGAAAAUGGCGAACCAAACACAGUGGCGGUAACCAAGGAUGAUGCAUCUAAUCCAGUGCUCCUACAUCAUUCUGUCACUUGUCCGCAAGAUUUUGAACAGUCUGUUGACACACCGCCCCUUGAGUCUCACGGUUCCGUCGGUAGGACUGAAGAUCAAUGCAUUCCGUCGACAGAGAAGGAGCAACAAAACGACUCACCCGUCAUUUUCAGCUUGCCUGUGGAACGGAAUGGCCUUCCAAAUGGCCACGGUGAAUUCAAUUCCGUCGAUCCAAAGCCCGAUUUUGCGGAUUGUAACGGCAUGGGCGCCGGAAUUGCAUCCGGCGGCAAUUCUUCACUUCAUGCCUUCCACCAGCCAUCUCCCAACAGGCCUACUUCAGUACCGAACAGCCCGGUAAAAUCAGCCUUAUCUCUGUCCGUCAACUCGGAUGUGCCAUCCACCGUUGAUGGAAAUGCGACCGCCCCGCUAUUCAAGUCUGCGCUCCUCCAGUCCAUGCUAGGUGGUGGCCGUUUGGCCACCCGUGCUAAAGACGCCGUGAUCGGGUUACGCAGUCGGGGGUCGUCUACACAAUUGCAUGAUUGCGGCUCCAGGCCUACUGACGACGAAAGCGGUGCCAACUCUCCGCAACUGUGGAAACAGCUUACUCCCUCAGGUGACCAUGCAAUGGAGGAUAGCGGCUCACCUUCCAUUGCAGGACCUAUGACUUGUAGCCGGCAGGCCGACUUAAACAGAUCGUCUCCAAUGGUCCAGUCUAUGUUCGAAGGAACAGUGGACAACUUCCGCUUGAAUUGUUCAAAUGAAGCUCCACGGUCAGUUGGUUCCCCCACUCUGCCUUUGGCCCAGCAUCAGGACUGAUCACAUUGUCUUCACACCACACUGUUCAACUCGCUACUUCGUUCAUAAACCAACGGUUCGGCCUACCUUGUUCUCUUGCUUUGGUUUCGAGAUGAUUAUCUUACACACAUUCGCCCUCCUGAUGAGAUCCUAUUGGCUUCUUCGUGAAUCCAGCGAUUACUCUUUAUCUGGAUCCCAGUCACCGUUCUUCCACACCUGCGGUGUCUCUGCCCCCACGCCUCACUCCUCCCUACUCUGACAAGAACCCCACCGCAUGCGUUGCAGCCCCAAGCCGAUUCAAGCCAUCGCCAUCCACCGAUUCACGGUUCGCCAUUACCGCCGUCAUCCAUACAUCUGGGGAUUGUUUUCUCUCAUAUGCUUCUCUCAAUCAUGUACAUUAAUCCAUCUUAUUACUGACCACGAUUUUUCCCAGCUCCCCUCAUGUCUCCCGCUUUUCUUCCUUCAAAUGUGUGCUCUGCGAAGUCUGCACCCUUUUUCAUUCAAGUCAUAGUCUCACUAGCUUUCAGCCUCUUCAUAUAUUCCUUAUUUUCCCGGUUUGAAUGGAUAUUUCAUCGAUCCCAGGCGUUUUGUACACCUCCUUGUUUUCUGUUUGCCUGUUCGCUGAGCUGCGCGCCUCGUGUCUCCUCCGCUACCGGGUCAUUCGCCAACUGUGCCACUUCGUGUCCCGAACCGCUCGCACUCGACCUUUGUGUGUCUCUUGUUUUCCAUUUGCUAGGGUGCAGCGCAUUCCCUUAAUACUAGUUGAGUUGUACUCGGCCACGAUUGCAAUACUUUUUGGUGUUCGAUACCUUCGUCGGUCUCCAGUAUUAGUUCCCCAUACUGUUGGUUCCAUCCUCCUGCGAAAUGUGGUGUGGCCAUAUUUAUGUUUUUUUAUUUUUUCUUCUUCUGUAAUCUCUCCUACUCUAGAUACCAGCGCUGUCCUGGCUUUCCCUUUUUUGUGUAUAUCUCUAAGCACCUAAUGAUUGAUGAGAUUCCAGUAUACUGCUAACCGAUGUGUUCUAGUUUGGAUUGAAUUCGGAAAUUUACUAUUUCAAUUGAACUUCAUCAGUACCGCAUCAUCUAUCUUUUCCAAGUAAAUCUCUCCAUUGAUUUC